AUGAGGCUGUUGGAGAGACAGAGUGAUCAACAGACACUUUUAAGGAGAUUGGGGUCCGCUCAGUUAGUUCAACAUCCUCCUGUCCUGUCCAGCCAUUGCCACCGUUGCUGUUGCGGUCCUGAUGAGGAUGUCUGGCGUGGACCUGCCGUCAUUGGAGAGGGUAGCUCCCAGCUCAAGGAGGCAUACAACUUUAAAUGCUUGAAAACCACCCUUUCAAAAAAAUGGAAGCUCUACAGUAGACGUGUCCAUCAGGAUCACAAGAGGGACAGCAGCGAUGGCAAGACUGGCCAGGACAUCAGCAGCAGGACCAUCAGGUUUGCCAGUUACAGACAGCGCAGGUCUGUCGUAGUUCUAGUCUUGAACACUGCUUGUUAUACAAGCCAGGAACUCAAAGUAAGUGAUUUUGUAAGGAACACAAUCACUAGUGGGCCACCAAGAGCGCAGGUUAGUCUGUGUCGGCCAGGCAACCCGGCAAGACACUCUGGGACAGUUCUUCAGAGGUACCUUGGAGAGGGAUCAACACAGGUCACACUGGCUUGCAAACAUAAAGCAGUGACUGCCAUUGUCGUCCCACAUAGGACCUGCUCACAGCCACUCAAGACAGGCUUGAGUGGAGAAACUUGUUAUCAAGAUGUUCUCGUCGACGAGUGGUACCGGUGGACCGACCUAACCGCUAUUCAGCUUGUACCAUUCAAGAGAUACAUUAACGAAUAAAAAGAUAACACGCCAUGCAUAAAAUUACUUGUAAAAUAAU